AUGGCCGGUGUGAGGCUGGACUUCGGCUUGCUCCUGGAGCCCCUGGGCUUCGUUAAGGUCCUCGAGUGGAUUUUUGCCAUCUUUGCCUUUUCCACAUGUGGAGGCUUUCAAGGUGAAACUAGUCUUCUAGUUUCCUGCAAAGAUGUGGUAAACAAGACAGUUACAGCUGCUUUUGCUUAUCCUUUCAGGUUGAAUACUGUUGUAUUUAGUGCACCAGACCCAAAUUUCUGUGGUGGAACUUGGACUGAUGUUUAUCUCGAGGGCAACUUCUCCUCUUCUGCACAGUUCUUCGUUACACUCGCAGUGUUGGUAUUCCUCUACUGCAUUGCAGCCCUUGUGGUAUAUAUUGGAUAUAAGCAUGUGUAUAACCAAAACAGGAGUUUUCCACUAACUGACUUGGUUAUCACUGUCAUAACAGCCUUUUUGUGGCUAGUCAGUACUUUUGCUUGGGCAAAGGUGCUUGCUGACAUCAAAACAUCCACAGGGGCCAACAUUAUUCUAGGAAUUGAAUCUUGCAAAACACCAGGAACAACUUGUCAUUUUGCUGCUGUGACCAGCAUGGGAGCUCUGAAUGUGUCUGUGGUGUUUGGCUUGAUUAACAUGAUUUUAUGGGGAGGAAAUAUUUGGUUUGUAUACAAGGACACCAGCCUGCACAACCAAUCAAACAGGAUUUCUCAAAGUGCAGCAAUAUAUCAAAUUCAAAGAGGAGUAUAA